AUUCCACCUCUGUAAUAAAAUCCAUCCUUUUUAUAAAUAUAUACUUAAUUACUUACACAUUACACACACUCACAUUUCACAAUUUUAUAUACUUCAUCUCUUCAAAUUCCCACUGUACCCUCCACUCCUCCAGCUUCUCUUAAAGGGAGGUACAUUUUUUUUAUUUAUUUUCUAAAAGAACUACCAGAAAUUUGGAGCUUCUGGGUCUCUUCUUUCAUGAGUUUUCUCUGAGGAAGUUUUUGUGUGAUUACGCGGAAAUUUUGUUGCCUACUGUAAUAAGAAGAUGCCUGGGGUUGUUACUAGUGAAAUACAGGAAGAAGGGUUAGUAAUUGAACCAAAUGAGAAUGGAAAUUCCACUAUUUUGAAGGAGAAUUCGAUAGCAGAGGAGUCUGUAAAUAGUCCUAAAAGCCCUCGGGUGGGAGGAAAUGGUUAUGCAGUUGAUGAGGUAGUUGACACUUCAAUUGAACAUCUUUAUGAUAAUGUUUGCGAGAUGCAGAGUUCUGAUCAAUCACCAUCGAGGCGGAGUUUUGGAUCUGAUGGUGAGGAGUCUAGAAUUGAUUCUGAGCUCCGGCAUCUUGUUGGAGGGGAGAUGAGAGAAGUGGAAAUAAUGGAAGAAGAAGUAGGUAUGCAAAAGGUAGAAGAUGACGAUUUUCGUAGUGAUUCCGAUUCGAAGAAAGAAAGUUCAUCUGCAGGUAGAAAGGCGAGGAAAUCAAGAGCAAAAUCUGCUUCGUCUUCCAAUUCAAAGAAAGCUUCUCACCUGAAUUUAGAGUCUGAUGCAACAUCAAGUCCCAAGAGCAGAAGCCCCCAAGAAAAACCUCCUCUAGAUAAGCAGAAUAAGGUGCUAGUAAAACCAAGUGGUGGAAGCAGCUCUGGGAAGAAGCAGAAAAAUAUAUCUCUGAGAGGGGUAACAUCUCAAAAUGGAGCUGAUGAUUCAUCGGAUUCGGGUUUAGAAAACCCCGACCUUGGACCUUUUUUGCUUAAGCAAGCUAGGGAUUUGAUGUCUUCUGGUGAUAAUCCUCAGAAAGCUCUUCAGUAUGCUCUACGUGCAGCGAAAUCUUUUGAAAAAUGUGCAAAUGGGAAGCCCACCCUAGAUGUAGUCAUGUGUUUGCAUGUGACCGCUGCAAUAUACUGUAGCUUAGGUCAGUACAGUGAGGCUAUUCCCAUUCUGGAGCAUUCCAUUGAGAUUCCCGUGAUUGAAGAAGGUCAAGAGCAUGCCCUUGCUAAAUUUGCUGGUCACAUGCAACUUGGAGAUACUUAUGCCAUGGUGGGUCAAUUUGAGAGUUCAAUCAUGUGUUAUACGAUGGGUUUGGAAGUUCAGAGACAUGUUAUGGGUGAUACAGAUCCUAGAGUUGGUGAGACUUGCAGGUACUUGGCUGAAGCUCAUGUUCAAGCACUGCAAUUUGAUGAAGCUGAGAAGCUUUGUCAGAUGGCUAUAGAUAUUCACAGAGAUAAUGGUUCACCUGCUUCUAUCGAAGAGGCAGCUGAUAGGAGGCUUAUGGGUCUUAUAUGCGAAACUAAGGGAGACCAUGAAGCUGCUCUUGAGCAUCUGGUUCUAGCUAGCAUGGCAAUGGUGGCCAAUGGGCAAGAAAAGGAGGUUGCAUCUGUUGAUAUAAGUAUUGGAGACACAUACUUAUCUUUGUCUAGAUAUGAUGAGGCCGUUUUUGCUUAUCAGAAGGCACUUACAGCUUUCAAAUCUACCAAAGGAGAGAACCAUCCGACUGUUGCUUCAGUUUUUGUCCGUCUGGCUGACCUGUAUAACAAGACGGGAAAACUAAAGGAUUCAAAAUCCUAUUGUGAGAAUGCUCUUCGAAUUUAUGAGAAGCCCUUACCCGGCACCCCUCCGGAGGAAAUUGCCAGCGGUCUUACUGAUGUUUCUGCUAUAUAUGAGUCAAUGAAUGAGCUUGAUCAGGCUCUAAAGUUACUGAAGAAGGCCUUGAAGAUAUAUAAUGAUGCCCCUGGUCAGCAAAACACAAUUGCAGGUAUUGAAGCUCAGAUGGGAGUCAUCUACUACAUGUUAGGGAACUACUCUGAAUCUUAUACAUCCUUCAAAAGUACCAUUUCAAAGCUUCGAGCUAGUGGAGAGAAAAAAUCAGCCUUUUUCGGGAUUGCCCUUAAUCAAAUGGGUCUCACUUGCGUGCAGCGUUACGCUAUUAAAGAGGCUGCGGAAUUGUUUGAGGAAGCCAGAAAUGUCUUGGAACAAGAAUAUGGACCAUAUCAUCCUGAUACACUUGGGGUGUACAGCAAUCUGGCUGGCACUUAUGACGCUAUAGGAAGGUUGGAUGAUGCAAUUGAAUUAUUGGAAUAUGUUGUUGGGAUGAGGGAGGAAAAGCUUGGAACAGCAAAUCCUGACGUGGAUGAUGAAAAGAAGAGGCUAGCAGAGCUCUUGAAGGAGGCGGGCAGGGCUCGUAACAGAAAAGCCAGAUCAUUAGAAAACCUUCUUGAUGCCAACCCUCAUGCUAUAAAAGGUGAUGGCAUUAAAGUAUGACAAUAAUGUUUUUUUUUUUUUAAUCUUCAUUUUUUCUUCUACCGGAGAUGAUGUAUUAUAUAAACAUAUUUAUUCAAACUAGCAGAUACAACAAGGUACAGGGGUUGGAGUAUCGUUGAUAGGCUGAUUGUAAUAACAUUUGGUGGUGGGGUUUUCUUGUAAUAUUGAUUUCUAUCCUUAUUAUCAAGUAGUUGAUGCA